AUGGGCAUUGAGGACUUGUUUGAGUUCAGCAAGCGGGAGUACGCCCAGCACGUUGCCCUCAAAACAGAUGCAGAACUUAAACAACAUGAGAUAAGAAAGACCCAGCAGCUCUUCUCCACCACGUACACGAUCUCGGCCGGCAUCGCCGCCACAGCCCUGACUUGUGGGGCGUCUCUGGGUGCGGCCGCCCUCGGUUGGCGCAAAUAUUACAUCGCGCAGGCAAAGCUCAAGAUGAUUGAGGAUGAGCUCACGAAGCGCAAUAUAAAGCUGCACCAACUGCGCAGACGGGAUGUGAUCACAUCCCUCGCAGCCCACUUGGUCGGGGCCGGGGUCGGCUUCGGGGUCCACGAUGUGCUCCUCUCGGCCACCACCACAUUGCCCCUCCACGGCCAGCUUCCGCAGGACGCCUACGAGCAGCUGACCCAGUACGCCACGGCAGACCCAGGUUAUGCGGUGCACGCCACCGUCGACGGCGCUCUUCACGGGAUGCGCGAGCAGCUCAGGGAGGUAAGCUUUAUCGGCUCGGCUGCUGCGGAGGGGGUGGUGCCUGGGUCUGAACAAGGCGUAGCGGUCUUGCAGCAAAACGUGGUUUGGGUGGGCGGACACUCGCUGCCCGAGACCAUGGGGUUCUACCAAGGUAUGGCGCUUGCCGCGUCGGGCGAGGAAGCGUUAAUAAAGCUUGCGUCCAGCCAAAUGGCGUGGAUGCUGGUCGAGGGUAUCUUGGCAUUAUCCAAGGCGGUCGACAGGGGCCAGUGCCUUCGUGCCCUGGGGAGCGAUGUGUGCUGCGAUGCUUGCGGGAGCGUUAUCGAGUCGGGCAAAUAUUGGCACUGCUGUGGGUGUGGUGAUAACCACGACACCUGCAUCAAGUGCUACAACGAGGGAAGUCGCUGCGGUGAUCCAACCCACCAGAUGAGAAAGUUACAGAGGACAAUCCCAGCCGAAGCGGGAAAUCUGGUCUAUUAUCAAUGGGCAGUCACCAAAAGUUCGUCGACCAUGGCACGCCGAGCCUUGAGACAGCGCUAUCCGCUAUUCGGUUGCAACAGAUGCGGAACCGUCAUCUUCCAGGGGCUGAACUACCAUGCCGUGCUGACAUCACAAAGGACGCGGAAUUUUGGCAUUGCUGCGCUUGCGACCAAGACGACUUUGAUCUUUGUCUCUCUUGCUACCGGACGGGCCAAGGGUGCAACAACCGAGCGCACACCUUGUCGUCCACUCGUAAGACUAAAUCUUGAAAUAGUGGCUGGUAGGCGGUGUCUGGCCAGCUCGGUGCCAUGGGACAGUUUUAGUAGGGAUCAGUAG